AAUGUCUGAAGAAGAAUUAGUAAACAAAUUUAUUGAUAACAUUUCAAAUGAGCUUCACUAUAAAAAUUAAGAAGAAGUUGUCUAAAAUGUCUAUUAAUUGAUUGAAUUAACAUGUAAUAAAUAGUUGAUAAUUUUAGAGAUCCUUUUGGAAAAAAUAAGAAUACUAAAUAUUGAGAAACAUGAUCAUUAGUAAGAAUUAGAUGCUUAGAAUGAUAAUUUAAGAGCUGAAAUAGCAUUUAAUCUAUAACAGCAAAUGUAAAUGCAGGUAUAGUAUUCUUAUUAUUUUUAGCGUAUUUAAGAUGAAUUAUUGUAAAAAUAAGAUACUUUAUAUGAGAAACUAUUAAUACUUGAGGAAGACCUUAAAUAAUAAUAAAUUCUUAAUUCAAUUUAUAAAAACUAAGUAUAAAAUCCUUAACUUUAUGAUAGUUAGAAUCAAAGUAAUAUAAUGGAGAAAAACAAAAUGUAGAAUAAUUUGUAUUUGAACUUAAAGAAUUGUAGAUUGAAAAUGAAUAUUAAAAAUAAUAAAUACAAUCUCUGAAAUCAAUAAUUUAAUAAAAUAAAUAGGAUUAUUAAUCAUAAUUAAUAUCAAAUUCAUCUUUAAUAUAACAUUAAGAAGCUAUAAUAAAAAGUAAAAUUUAAUUAUAUUUUAGAUAUGAAGGAUGAAUUAAGUACUUAAAGAUAACAAAUAAGAUAGUUAUAAUCAGAAAAUAAAUAAUUUAGUGAUCAAAUAUAUGAAAAAUAAUAAUCAGCAUUAAAGGAGAUAACUAAUUCUCCAUUUCUAUAGAAUGCACAUUCUAUUAAUACUAAAUAGAAGACAAUUUUGAAUGAACAAAAGGAUUCUAAGAAAAAUUAAUUUUCAUCUUAAAAAAGGUAUUUAUAAGCAGAUGAUUUAUAUGAUGUGAAUUAAUUUACAUUAUUAGAAUGUGAAUUACAAGAUACAAACUAUAAUACAACUUCAAAUACUUGUUGUAGGAAUAGCUAUAAUUUUAAAAAGGUUUAAAUAAAUGAAUAACCUAUACCAGUAUAAAGAAAUAUCUAUAAAGUAAAUAAUGAUUUAAAUUAUUAUUAGGACUUCUUUAAUUUAACAUCAUAAUGUGUUAAAUUGAAUUUAAAUGAAGAAAAAAUAUUAGAUUCUAGAGUUUCUCAUUUAUUUGAUGAAUACGUUGAUUAAAAAAUACCUUAUCAUUAAUGGUAUAAUGAAAUAAAAAGAUACUUAUUGACUUUAUUAUGA